AUUUUUAAAUGAGUGUGCCUCCCGGUGUCCUAGGUGUAUGUCGUGUGUGGCCAGUCCAUGGGGCUGCCAGUGGAACACCCAGGAACACACCUGCCAGGACAUGGAUGGCACUGUGUUGGGCCCUCAAAUCAUCAAACACAGACAGGGGGCGAGGUGUCCCCAGUUUGAAAACCCUGAUCCUGUGCUCAUUCCUGUUGGGUUCAAAACCACCAUCAGCUUCGAGGGCAUCAAUCUGGAUGUGUACCGGGACCGGACGUUCAUCAUCGGCACAGAGCUGAUGAGGAACUUGAAGGACGUCAGGUCUGAAGACGGGCCCUUCUACAGUUUCAGCGGUUUUAAUUUUUCCUUCGAUAAGUCACAGGAAACCAACGUUCUGUUCUACGUGAAGGACAAAGAGACGGGCAAGAAGAUAGACAGCACGCUGAAUGUGACCCUAUAUAACUGCUCACUGGGCCGGGAGGAUUGCAGCCUGUGUAAGAACGCAGCUCCUAAGUACAGUUGUGUGUGGUGCGCCAAGAGAAAGUCGUGUGUCUAUGAGAAGCUGUGUAUUGACCAGGCCACAGAGGACCCGCAGGACACAGAGUGCCCUGACCCACAGAUCACUGACAUCAUCCCUCGCUACGGUCCCGUGAAGGGGGGCAUCUCUGUCACCAUCAAGGGCUCCAACCUGGGCAUCCACAAGGAGGACAUCAAGGCCGUCAGUGUGGUGGGGGUGCCCUGCAUACACCAGGAGGACAGAUACGCUGUCUCCACCAGUGUGGUGUGUGAGAUUGGCCCCUUGGACCRGCUGAGCACCAACUGGGGUCCGGUGGAGGUGGAGCUGGAGGGAGGGAAGAGAGGAACGUCCUCCGUUUUCUUCACAUACCGGGACCCCAUAGCCAGCUCGGUUCACCCCGACAAGGGCGCCAAGGCCGGGGGCAUGGUCAUCACCAUCUCUGGCUCCAACCUGGACACAGCCACCAGGGAGGACAUCACCGUCACCGUCGGCGGGGUGGUGUGCUCUGUGGAGACAUUUGGUGCGAACAUCACCUGCAGGAUGGGAGAGUACCGGGCAGACAAGGUCCCCUCUGACCUGCUCAUGGUCACAGUAAAGUAUGGGAAGAAUAGCACCACGGCCGUCCCCACAGCCUUCCAGUUCUGGGAGAACCCCAUCAUCCUGGACCACCACCCCAAGGGAAGCUUUGUGUGUGGUGGAAGGACUAUCGUGGUGACAGGAUCCGGGUUUGACCUCAUCCAGAACGCCAUUAUGAGGGUCCAGGCCUCGGCAGACGAGUGGUCCGGCAUGACUCCUACUGAGUACCUCCAGGAGGCUCUGAAUAAGAACGACACGGUUCUCCAGUUUCUGUCCCCUGCCGUCAACAGGUCCUAUGACACCCAGGUGUUCAGGACCUUUAUCCAGCUGGACAACUGGGUGAGGGAGCUCAAGCCCUUCGACUACCACCCCAACCCUGCCUUCAACCCCCUCAUCAAGAAGAUCAUCACUGAGACUUCCAUCAUCAUCGUCACUGGCCGAGGCUUCUCCAAGGCCAUGACAGCCAAGGAGGCCCAGGCGUUUGUGGGGGACAUCCCCUACUUUGUCAACACACUACAAGAUGACAAGCUGUUCCUGGACCCCCCAUCCAGCCAGCCCCGGGCCCUCUCCAAACGCCACCGCAGACGCAGAGACACCAGCUCCGACCCAUUGGACCUGCUUAUUAAGUUUGGAAAUGGAGAGUGGGUGGUGGGCUCUGUGCACUACGAGAGGAAGAACGAGGUAUCUCUCUUAAUCAUCCCUGCAGUCAUCGUCCCCAUGCUACUCAUCAUCCUCAUUUCUGUCUACUGCUACAGGAGGAAGAGCCAGCAGGCUGAGAGAGAGUAUGAGAAGGUGAAACACCAGCUGGAGAAUCUGGAGGAGAGUGUACGAGACCGCUGCAAGAAAGAAUUCACAGACCUGAUGAUAGAGAUGGAGGACCAUACCAACGACCUAAGCGAGGGGCGAAUCCCCUUCCUGGACUAUAAGACCUACACGGACCGGGUCUUUUUCCUGCCCUCCAAGGACGGGGCCAACGAUGUGAUGAUCACGGGCAAGCUGGACAUCCCUGAGGCACGGAAGGCAAUCGUGGCCCAGGCCCUCAACCAGUUCUCCAACCUGCUCAACUCCAAGACCUUCCUCAUCAAUUUCAUCAAGACUCUGGAGGGCCGUCCAGACUUCAACGCCAGGGCCAAGGUGUACUUUGCCUCCCUGCUGACGGUGGCUCUGCACGGGAAGCUGGAGUACUACACUGACAUCAUGAGGACCUUGCUGCUGGAGCUCAUGGGGAACUAUGUCGACAGCAAGAACCCCAAACUCAUGCUGCGCAGGUCGGAGACCGUUGUGGAGAGGAUGCUGUGUAAUUGGAUGUCCAUCUGUCUUUACCAGUUCCUCAAGGACUCUGCAGGGGAGCCCUUGUACAAACUGUUCCGAGCCAUCAAGCACCAGAUCGAGAAAGGUCCAGUAGACGCCAGAGUGAAGAAGGCCAAGUACACCCUGAACGACACGGGCCUGCUGGGAGACGACGUGGAGUACUGCGUCCUGACUCUGCAGGUGCUGGUGCACGGGGAGGGGCCAGACGUGACACCCGUCAAGGUGUUGAACUGCGACACGGUGUCCCAGGUGAAGGAGAAGAUCAUCGAGGCGGUGUACAGGAACCUGCCCUACUCUCAGAGACCCAAGGUGGACAGCGUUACUCUGGAGUGGCGCCCUGGCUCCACGGGGCAGAUCCUGUCAGACCUGGACCUGACGUCCCAGAAGGAGGGCAGAUGGAGGCGCAUCAACACGCUGGCCCACUACAACGUGCGAGACAACGCUACUCUAGUCCUGUCCCGGGUUCUUCACACUCAACAGAACUACGACCAGAACCAGGACAACCAAGAGGAGAGAAACUCCUUGUUGGACGACGACAAGGUGUUCCAUCUGGUUCGGCCUGAUGAGCUGGAUGAGAUGAAGUCUAAGAGGGGUAGCAUGAAGGACAAGUCCAUGACCAAAGCCAUCACUGAGAUAUAUCUCACACGACUGCUCUCUGUCAAGGGAACACUGCAGCAGUUUGUGGAUGACUUCUUCCGCAGCGUGUUGUGUUCCGGGGCGGUGGUGCCGCCCGCCAUCAAGUACUUCUUUGACUUCCUGGAUGAGCAGGCGCUCAAACAUGAAAACGUGGACGAGGAGACCAUCCACAUCUGGAAGACCAACAGUUUGCCUCUGAGGUUCUGGGUGAACAUCCUGAAGAACCCUCACUUCAUCUUCGACGUCCACGUGACGGAGGUGGUGGACGCGUCGCUAUCCGUCAUUGCUCAAACCUUCAUGGAUGCCUGCACCAAGAGUGAGCAUAAACUCAGCAGGGACUCUCCAAGUAACAAACUACUCUAUGCAAAGGAGAUCUCCACCUACAAGAAGAUGGUUGAUGAUUACUACAAGGGCAUCAGACAGAUGGUAUCAGUCAGCGACCAGGACAUGAACACUCAUCUGGCAGAGGUGUCUCGGACUCAUACAGACAAACUCAACAUACAAGUGGCUCUGUAUCAGCUCUACCAGUACGCGAGCAGAUACUACGACGGGAUCAUCCAGUCCCUAGAUGAGGACCCGGCAGCCCAGAGUAAACAGCUCACCCUGCGGCUGCAGCAAAUAGCAGCCGCCCUGGAGAACAAAGUGACAGAUCUCUAACCUACUGGAAGGGUCAGGGAGAUGGAGGGAGGGAGAUGGUACCGUGCCUCCAGUGUCCACAGGGGCUUAUUUCUCCUGGCAAAGGAGAGAGAAACCGAGAAGAUGGCCUCACAGGGCCUUGGUGUUUGAUGAUGACACCUUCAACCCAGCAGGCCCAGAAUGUGGGACAGUUCAGAGUCUGCGGAGUGGCGCAGUAUGGGACCAAUGAAGCAAAGAGAGAGAUAGAUGAGGAUGGGUUACACAUGCCGUCAUAGGUACGCCUUAACUUAAGUCCACUUGCGAAACUGAAAUAGGUGGUCCUCAUUGCUCACUCUAGCUGUUCCCACAAUGCAACAGGGGGCCAGCCGCCGGAAAUAAGCCCCUGUGUCGAUCACUCAUGGCACAAAGAGAUAAUCAGAUGUUCAAUUUAUUCCUGUGUAGAAAAGUUGUAAGAAUUGUAUUAUAUAUAUUUUUUAUUGUGCAGUCUUAAUGCGGAAAGCUUUACGAGGAGAUAUUAUCUUUUUAAAUGGACCGCCUUGUGGUGUGGAUUGUGUUUCUAUAGCCAGUGUGUGAAUGUGGGUUUGUGUGCGUGUGUGCGUGCACGGGAUGCCUACUGUCAGGCCAGAGGGUGGAUGCCCUAUCUGUCAUUUUAAUCUCCACUAGUCACCGACACACAGGAACCUGUUCUCCCACUGAGCUCCUCUAUACAGACCAAAGGGUCAUGACUGGGACAGGCUACCUGACUGGGACAGGCUCUUAGAAAUGACAGGCCAUCAAUAGUGAUUUUUCAAAAUGAUCGGUUUUAUUUAUGUUCAGAAAAUGUGUUCACAUGCUUCAGAGCUCGAUCGAAUGUUGUGGCUGCCAAUAAACCCUUAGGUCCUUACAUUCAGAGAUCAAUAGCACAUCCGUUUCCCCUUGUUGGAGUACAUACUAACACAUUCCACUGAAACUUAAGCACUGUAUGUAUUCAAGGGUAAGAAAUGGCUACUUUUGACAACCUCAGUUAGUUUUACCCUGCAGUACCCCCCCCCCUGAUUCUGUGCAAGCAAAAUAACAGAUAAUUGAAUAUAUUUUGAAUAAUUCCUCUAUGUAGCCAGUCAAGCAUACAUAUUUAAUAACAGCCUUGCAAUAACAUCCAAACUUUCAGACACAAGCAAUGGGGAUCAUUCAUAUCCCACUCAUGUGUGUUACUUUAUAGAAUAUACCAUUUGUUGUUUAGCGUUUCAUCUUCAGUAACGAUGCAGCAAUACUUUAUUUAGGACAUGAGUAAAAAUAUGCAGAGGUGGAAAUAGAAAUAAUAUGACAGGAGAUAUCGUACAGUAACCAACUUACUAAGUAAUAUGCUGUUAAUAGUGUUUUGUGUUUCCUUAUUCCGUUGUAUGCCAAAUUACCACUGUCAUAAUAUCCCAUAGUUAGUUACGUGUAAGCUUCAAACGGUACUAAAUAGAAUGGUACUCUUUUCAAUGAGUAAUGAUUUUUACAACAUGCUGUGUCACAAGUCAGGAUAAUUCAUGGUCAUAAUAAUUCAUUGCAAUACAAAUUGAUAUGGCAUUCAAGUAGGCCAUAGUUGAGCUGGUGCCUGAUUAUAAUUUGGAGAAUUUUUGCCAAGUCAAAUCAGUUACAUUUUCAAUGUUCAUCUUUCACGCGACCACAGAUUUGUAAUUUUCAAGCUCCCUGAAUUUGACCAUCAGUCAGUGUGUGGUCUAGUGUCAGAAUAGAUGUUUAAGUUCCAGACCCCAGAAUGUUAGUGAUAUUCCUGCCUUUGGUAGAGUGAGGUUUGCACAGAGCCUGUGCCUGCCUGUCUCCACAGCAGCUAGCCUGGCACCCUGGCCAAGCCGAACUUGGCACUGCCCACUCAGCACAGAACGGAGUGGCACACUGCAUAAUGGCAUCAGUGGGGGAUGUUUUUGCUCUUAAUUGCAUCCAGUCUGCAUCCAGUCUGCAUCCAGUCUGCAUCCUCCUCUGACGCUGUUGUUUACCACAGCAGAUUCCACUCCUGACCGAGUGAUGCAAAAGCUUUUUUUCAAGCCUUUCUUUAACCAAAACGUGCCUUAUAUGAUGAUAAUAAUAUCAUUUGUAUUGUUUUAUUGGUGAUAUAACUAAGCGAUUAUAGUAAUAGAAGACACAGCAAUGUAUUUGCGAUUGUGAUAUGUAUGUGCUAUCAAAUGCUACAGUUCUGCUGCAGCCAUUGCGUGCCAAUAGGCUGAAAACAUUUCAGUAUACUUUCUAUGGUUGCAGAUUUGAUGUGUGCAUUUAUUUUGGGUGUCAGUGGUGUGUGUGUGUGUGUGUGUGUUUUAGUAGGAUCAUGAUGGCUAUGGCAACAGCCCAAAUAAGUGUCAAGCAGUAGCCAACCCCAAACGGUUUCCCCCUAAAAUGUCUGACAUUCCUAAAUUAGUCUUAAGACAAAGUUACAAAUGUAGAAUAUUGAGUAUAGCACAAAUUGUUCCAAUGGUGUUUUUGCCCCGUGAUUCUAAGCUGUUCCUCUGUGUGUAUGAAAAACAACUAUCUAUACUCGACAAUUACCUUUCUUACUGCUGUGCAGUAAUUAUUUUAAUUUCUCGUUUCCUAUAACAUAUACCUUUGUAAAAAGACAACAUGUUGAAAUACCGUAUUCUAACUGUAUAAUCCUAUGCAUUGAGUCCCGGGGGGGAAAAAACAAUUUGUUGUGCUGUUGUCGAGAUCUUUCCUUUCCUUGUGAACGUGCCGUGACUUAAGAAAAAUGGGACAGGAAAUUAGUGCAGGACCUUAAUGAAACCCAACAUUUUUCUCAUCCAAGGCAGCUCAGAAGACGUCGAUCAUGUUACCUGAUCUGUUUGUAAUGGAUCACUCACUUCUCAAGAGGCUUGUGUGGAUGGGGCAAUUACAUACAGGUUGCAUCAUCCACUCCUCCAUGAAUAAACUGAGACAUCCAUGUC